CUGAAAAGCUGUUAUCUCACGAGAAGACAAAGAUUUUGUGACACACUUGAUGAAGUUAACGUGGAGAGAAGAAGAGAAUGCUUGAUUCUUUAGUCUUGAAAUCGACUAUGAUUCUUUGCUUUCACCUUGAAACACAACUGUUUCAUUCUUUUGGCUAGUGAAGUGGGCUAUCUCAGUCUUCAAUCACAUGCUCCACUAGCAUAUAUAACAAAGAGUUCAAAACUGUUGCAACUUGGGAAGCUUUGAUAAAUUUAAGUUUGGCGUUGCGGUGCUGAGUUCUGAUCUGCUUUAAACUGAAGAACUUUAAGGGGUUUUCUCGCAAAUGGAGGUGCUGUGGGUCACAAGGCAUGGACGAAUGUUUGAGGGGAGGGUGUUGUUGCUCUUGGUUUUGUUCUUGUGGAUUCCCGCACAGGUGGUGGUGGGAAGGACAAGAACUACCAUCACAAACUCUACUACUUCUUCAGCACCAAGAGUUUUAAGAGUUGGAGCACUGUUUACUCUUAAUUCUAUAAUUGGAAGAUCGGCAAAACCUGCACUUAUGGCUGCUUUCGAAGAUGUUAAUGCUGAUUCGAGUGUUCUCCCUGGCAUUCAGCUGAAAGUUAUUUUACAUGAUACAAAUUGCAGUGGGUUUGUUGGAACAAUGGAAGCUUUGCAGUUGAUGGAGGAUGAAGUGAUUGCUGCCAUUGGUCCACAGUCCUCAGGAAUAGCCCAUGUCAUCUCUCAUGUUGUCAAUGAACUCCAUGUCCCUCUUGUUUCAUUUGGGGCAACAGACCCUUCUCUAUCUUCCCUUCAGUACCCAUAUUUUGUUCGCAGCACGCAAAGUGACUACUAUCAGAUGCAUGCAAUUGCAGACUUGGUUGAUUACUACAGAUGGAGGGAGGUAAUAGCCAUUUAUGUAGAUGAUGACAAUGGAAGGAAUGGAAUUACAGUACUUGGAGAUGCUCUGUCAAAGAAACGUGCCAAGAUCUCUUACAAGGCUGCUUUCCCUCCUGGUGCGCUCAAGAAAGACAUCAGUGACUUGUUAAAUGGAGUGAACUUAAUGGAAUCACGGGUCUUUGUUCUUCAUGUUAAUCCUGAAACUUUUUUGAAUAUCUUCACUAUUGCUAAUAAGCUAGGAAUGAUGAACAGUGGCUAUGUGUGGAUUGCAAGCGAUGCACUUGCUUCGACACUCGAUUCAUUAGACCCAGUUGAUCCUAACACAAUGAACCUCCUACAAGGGGUUUUGGUUUUGCGUCAUCACACUCCCGAUACUAAUGAAAAGAAGAGUUUUCUCUCAAGGAUGAAGAGACUAAAAACCAAGGAGACUCCAAGCUUCAAUUCCUAUGCAUUGUAUGCAUAUGAUACUGUUUGGUUAGUAGCCCGUGCUCUUGAUGCUUUUCUCAAAAAAGGUAGUGUCGUAUCUUUCUCCUCUGACCCUAAGUUGCUCGACACAAAUGGAAGCAUGUUGCAUUUACAAUCGCUUCGUGUUUUUGAUGAUGGCCCUUCGUUUCUUGAGACAAUUUUGAGCACCAAUUUCUCUGGUCUGACUGGAACAGUUCAGUUUGAUAUUGAAAGGAAUAGAAAUCAUCCAGCAUAUGAUAUCUUGAAUAUUGGUGGUUCUGGAAUGCGCAGAAUUGGUUAUUGGUCUAAUUACUCAGGUCUCUCAGUUGUGACUCCAGAAAUUUUGUAUAAGAAACCACCUAACACUUCAACAAGCAGUCAGCAACUGUAUGGUGUUAUAUGGCCUGGAGAAACUGCAGCUAAACCAAGAGGUUGGGUGUUCCCCAACAAUGGAAAGCCACUGAGAAUAGCAGUUCCUAACCGAGUAAGCUACAAGGAGUUUGUUUCUAAAGACAAGAACCCUCCUGGAGUAAGAGGCUAUUGCAUUGAUGUCUUUGAAGCUGCCAUAAACUUGUUGCCUUAUCCUGUCCCGCGAGAAUAUAUAUUAUUUGGACCUGGUAAUAGAAAUCCUAGCUAUGAUGACCUUGCAAGUCAGGUUGCACUAAAUAACUAUGAUGCAGCUGUUGGUGAUGUUACAAUUGUCCCAAACAGGACAAGGAUUUUGGAUUUUACUCAACCUUAUAUGGAAUCAGGGCUGGUUGUUGUUGUUCCUGUCAAGGAGACCAAAUCAAGUCCUUGGUCUUUCCUCAAGCCCUUCACUGCUCAAAUGUGGUGUGUUACUGGUGCCUUUUUUAUCUUUGUGGGAACUGUUGUAUGGAUUCUUGAGCACCGGCACAAUCCAGAGUUCCGUGGUAGACCGAAGAAACAACUCAUGACAGUCUUUUGGUUUAGUUUCUCAACAAUGUUUUUCUCACACAGAGAGAACACAGUGAGUGGUCUUGGGAGAUUGGUGCUAAUCAUAUGGCUUUUUGUGGUGUUAAUUAUCAAUUCAAGCUACACAGCUAGUUUAACAUCCAUCCUCACAGUGCAGCAACUGUCAUCACAAAUUGAAGGCAUUGACAGCUUGAUAUCAGGUACUCAACCAAUUGGAAUUCAAGAAGGGUCAUUUGCACGCAAGUAUUUGACAGAGGAACUCAAUAUACAACCAUCAAGGAUAGUUACGUUGAAAAAUAUGGAGGCAUAUAUUGAUGCCCUCGAGAAAGGACCAAAAGAUGGAGGGGUUGUGGCCGUUGUUGAUGAGCUUCCUUAUAUUGAAAUAUUAAUGUCAAGUACCAACUGUAAGGUCAGAACCGUUGGGCAGGAGUUCACUAAAAGUGGUUGGGGAUUCGCAUUCCAGAGAGACUCUCCCCUUGCUGUUGAAAUGUCAACCGCCAUUCUUCAACUCUCGGAGAAUGGUGACCUGCAAAAGAUCCAUGAUAAAUGGCUUUUGAAACAUGAUUGUUCUGCACCAGAUAAUGAUGCUGAUUUAAAUAAACUAUCUCUGAGUAGCUUCUGGGGUCUCUUUCUUAUAUGUGGCAUUGCAUGUCUCCUUGCUUUGGUUGCAUUCUCCAUUAGAGUGCUAUGUCAAUACACAAAAUUCAGCCCAGAACCCGAGCAAGACGACGAGGAAACUUCACCAAAUAGGCCUACUAAAGGUAAAAGGCUUUUCAGAAGCACUACUAGCUUCAGGGACUUAAUUUAUUUUGUGGAUAAGAAAGAAAAAGAAAUCAAAGAGAUACUUAGGCAGAAGAGUAAGAAAAGGAGACGCAACUUGAGCUUAGAUGGCCAAUCUAGUUCACCCACCUAAGUAACCUUGUAUAUUUUUGUUAGUUUCUUCUUCUAUUUCUCUUAUUUAGGCCAUAACAUAAUAACAGUAUUGACACAAAUUUGUCAACAUUGGACUAUUUAAACUUCUACCUUCUUAGAUAGGGGACUGUGGCUAUAAGAUUACUAUUAAAACAGUAUAAAGAAAACAAAUAAACAAUCAUGGUCUAAUUCAGACCAAUAUGCACUAGAUUUAGACAAUUGUACCUUAAUACAUUUCAAACAGUUUUAUUUUA